AUAAUAAUAUGUUUUACGUGUUUUAUUGUUGUUGACGUACAAUCGAACACACGCACACACGGUCGACGCGCGUUUGCGUUUAUGGCGCACUUGACUCUAGUCAACAUCCCGAUUGCAAUCAUGUUUUGACUCGAGUCUUUUGCGGCAACAUAGUUGCACUAGCAUUUGAAUCCGUUGCAGUGCCGUGGCGACAACCCACCCGAGACGGACGACGCGAAAAACGAUACUUUGUUUUUUUUUUUUUAUAUAUAUUUACGUUCCUGCUCCCUUUGCCACUCUCUCGACUACAUAAUAUCCAUGGGUGCGUUUCACUGCAAAUCGUGCGAGAACGGCGAGGAUGUCGCGAACAUAUUCAGAGGUCAGCGUGGAACCGAUAACGGUGAGCGAAGACGGUUCAUAUUCGGUAGACAUCGCAGCCGCAGUCGUUCCGUCAAACAAACUGAUUCGCUUGUGCUUCAGACAUUGAGUGUCAUCAAGAACCUAGGACUUUUCGAUAAUGGUUCUGAAGCACCAGAAGCAUUGCGUAAGUUACAUUGGUUAGCAGAUGAUGGUGAUGGUUGGAUUCAAGUGGUAUUGUCUAUGAUUCAUGUUAUUCCUCUUGAUGAUCCCCUUAGUCCAGCUUUGAUAACUGUUUUACUUGAUGAUUGCCCUCUACCAGACAAAGAAACUAUAAUGAAAUUAUCACAAAUGUUAGAUUUAUCAAAUAAAACUCCUAAACGUAAAACAAUUGACCAACAUCGUAAUAUUUGUGUUAUAUUGGGUAUACUUGCUGACAAAUUACCUGGACCUUCAAGUAUCGCUUUAUUAACUAAAGAUACUUUAUCUUAUCUUUUUAAUAACAUGGAUUUACAAGUACAUCCAUCAAUUAUACUUUUUUCAUUAAUUGCACUUGAAAAAUUUGCACAAAUAAGAGAAAAUAAAUUUACUAUUGAAACUUUCAUGAAGACUGGUCCUUUGGCUAUGUUGUCAAUAUUUGAAAGAUUAACAGGUUCUGAUCAGCCAUUAUAUGCUCAAGUUGGAUUUUGUGCUGAGUGGCUAUUAGAUAAUAUAUUUGUGGAUGAUCAAAGGAUAUUAUCUUAUUCUAAUGUUUCUAUGGAAGGCGUAAAUGCAAUAUUAAAUCAAGAAGAUGCUAGUGAAUAUUUAAAAAUUGGUCCUUCUGGUUUAGAAGCAAGAUGUGAUGCUUGUAGUUUUGAAAGUAUCCGCUGUACAUUCCAAAUAGAUAAAGGAACAUGGUAUUAUGAGGUUACAAUAUUGACAUCUGGAGUCAUGCAGAUUGGAUGGUCAACUAGAAAUUCAAAAUUUUUUAAUCAUGAGGGUUAUGGUAUUGGUGACGAUGAAUACUCAGUAGCCUAUGAUGGUUGCAGACAAUUAGUGUGGCACGGUGCAGGAUGUACUAGUUGUGUGUCUGGGAGGCCCUGGCGAGAAGGAGAUACAGUUGGUUGCUUAUUACGAGUAGAGACACCUUCUCCAAGUGCAACAUUUUAUUUGAACGGUCAAAUAGUAGCUUCAAAUGAUAAAAUAUUUCAAUAUGCUAAGUCAGAAUUUUUUGCUGCUGCUAGUUUUAUGACGUUUCAACAAAGUCGUUUUAACUUUGGUAGCAAACCUUUCAAAUAUCCACCAAAAGGUGUAAAAUUCAGUAUAAUGAAUAAUCAUGGACAGUUAGACGAAAAGGAAAAAACUAUUUUACCAAAACGAAUGAGACUGGAAAUACUUGGUAAACAGACAGCAGAUGAAGACUCUUGUACAAUCUGUUUUGACCGAAAAGCUGAUGUUAUGUUAUAUCCUUGUAAACACGAAAGUUAUUGUAAACAUUGUGCACAACAACUUACACUAUGUCCUGUCUGUCGUCAAUUAAUUGUUAGAUUUCAAGAAAACAAUCAACAGCCACCAGCAACAACCACAGCUGCACCUGCAGUUACAGUCCUAGUCAGUUAGCCGUGAUCUCUUCCAUUUUUACAAAUUAAAUACUUAUAUAUAUAUAUAUAUUCUUUUAUUGUAAAUCUUUAUAAAUAUUGUGUAUAAUGA